CGACUCUAAACUUUCGAAGAUUACGCUUUAUUCCGUUUACGUCGUAGCUUAGUUUGUCAUACAAACUUUGGAAGGAGAGUCCAAUGUCGCGAAAAGCACUAAAAGUGGUGGUUGAGAUCAAUUUCAGUGCGGUUUCUUGUCCUGGAGUUCAUCUGGCAGCCAAGGAUGAUAUCUACCUUAGCAUGUGCUUCAUGGGCCACUACUGUCAAUCUGAAUGUCUCCCUGCCAUCUUUCCUCUGCUGUUUCACGAGAAGAUGGCCUUUGAAAAGAUUUUCAGGCAUGCAGUUGAUCCUGGAGACAUUGCUGUAAUGCUUGAGUAUGAGACAGUCAGAAUUGAACUGGUGCAGCUGAUUCCUCCAGUGGGAGACACUCUGGCCAACGUUGAAGAAGAUGCCCGACGUUUCUUAUUUCCAGAGCCCAAACUGGUCCCUUCCUUCUCUGGAGUGGAUCGAGAAAUUCUAAUGACACGGGCCUCUCAUUUUCCAGGCAUCGCUCCCAGGUUGGAGUUUUCUACCAAAACCACUAUCAUUGAGUGCUCAGCUGAUGCAGAUAUCACCAUUUAUCCCAAUGUUGUCAUGAGGCCACUGAUAAACAGGAACAGGAAACACGCCAGCAGACCCAGGACAUCCUCUCCUCAGAGGAAACAACCACAAGAUGUGGGAAGGAGACGAGCUGGUAUGAGACGCGAAAGACACAGCAGCACCAGGUUGCCAUCAAACAUUCAAAGAUCCCAGUCUCUGUCCCAUCUGAGAGCUGGAAAUGCCCAGCAUCUGUCCCAAGUCAGCCUGGACUCUACAGCUCCUGGCCCUGCCGACUGGGUCACAACCAGCAACUCUCAGUCUUUACUGGCAUCAUGGCCUGGAGCCAGUCGAUCUGCCUCCUCCCACCGCUCUGCACUGUUUGCCAGCUCUUCUUUAGCUUUGAUCAGGUCUUCAUCCACAGUGAGAUACUCUCCAACUGGCAUAAGAAAAUCUUUAUCCACUGGUUUGAUUGGAGGGAUAUCAGAAGAUGACUCGGGCUCUUCUGAAACACAUGACCCCCUUGACUACAACCAAGGUCCUCGUCCUUCAAGACUGUGGCAGUCUUACAGGGAAAAGGCCAGACACAGCAGGUCUCAGUCAGACUCUCAGAGGGAAUGGGACGAGGUCCACGAGCGUGUACAGGGACUCCUUACGACACCAAAAGCUGUACAACGACUUGUCAGUGGGGCCACAUACUAUGAAAUAGACAAGGUUUUAGCCAGGAGGUCCAUCUCUCCAGGUCCACCAUGAUGAGCUGGCCAGGCUCUGGAAAGCACAUCGGAAGGUGACAGGCAGGGUGGCAGAGCUGGAAGACAAGGCAGUGAUUGGCUUCAUCACUGUGACCAUAUGGUUUGAUUUAUAAAUAUGAAAAUGAAACUAUGACUUGGCUUUACAAGCUGAGUGAGGAGGUCAGUGGGUUCUGACCUGGAGGAGAUCAUGAGUGCUGUUACCAGGGCCUGAGCCAUUCCCAGUGUAAAUGUAUAUGGGUUCUUCCUCACAAUGACAAAGAAGAUGAGUGGCAAACAAACGGUGGCGUGGAUAGCUAGACUGAGGGACAAAACAGACACUAUUAAAGAACAAUAACUCAAUAGAAGUAAUGUAUGCUGUAUUACAAGCACAAUAUUAGACUGUCCAUAGGAAAAUAUCUACCCAGCAUUCAGGUGAGAUGUCUUGGCACUCCAAAUUUAAAAGUUUAUUUUUGUGAUGUAUUUAUAUUAAUUUAUUCAUUAGCUUAUAUACUUCUUGUUCAUGUAUAUCAUAGGGUACUAUAACCUAAGUUUUAAACACUCCAGAGGGUCAAUUGUAUCUUUAAAUGGAGUGUGAAAUUCAGAAAUGUGAACAUGAAGGACUCUUGACUUGAAGGAGAAUGAGGGUUCUUACCAAAUGACCACAGCACGUUUUGUGAUGAAGGACCUUAAAUAAAGGCAGUAUGGGCUCUCA